UCUCUCUCUCUCUCUCUCUCGAAUCCAAAUCCAAAUCCUUUCCAGAAAUCACAACUACUUCUUCUAAAACCGAGGGUUAGGGUUUCUUCUCCUCGCCCCUUUCCCUCUCUCUAUCUAUUCAUGAAUCAAAUUUGAAGUCCCAGCCUUUCGAAUUCGUCUUCGCCUCGUUUGGGUUGGGCUUAGCUCUUUAGGGUUAGGGUUUGGGGGAUUUAGGGUUUGCAGUAGUAGUGAAUCAGCAACAUGUACGCUGAUCGAGAAGAAGCCGAUUCCAAGAGGUCCAUUAAAGAGCGUCUCAAUGGCAACUUCGGCAGGGAUCGUAGACAGGUCGCCGGCAAAAGGCAGAGACAAGAUGACAAGUGGGAGCAUGAUCUUUAUGAUGAUAACGAAUCUCAAUUAUCAACUCGCAAAGCUGGGGACCUUCGUUUGAAGCUCCAGAGGAAAAGUUUCAAGCAGACAUCUGGAACAAGAUCUGUUUCAGGUGUAAGGGACCUACGGGAAAAGCUAUCCGGUACAAUGAAGCCACAACCAAUGAAUGCCGAUCCACCAAGGUCAAAAGUAGAGGCUGCUAAAUCAGCCAGGAGAACCGUUGCUGUUGCAGCACUGGCACCAGAGAAUCACAAAGUUGCCAACACAACAUCUAGGAAGAAGACUUCAAAAAAGGUUGACACAACAGUGGACGAAUUUUUGACGUCCUUGGAUCUUGAAAAGUAUUCCAUUACAUUUCAGGCAGAGGAAGUUGAUAUGACGGCUCUUGUACACAUGACUGAUGAGGAUCUCAAGGCUCUAGGAAUACCAAUGGGUCCCAGGAAGAAGAUUCUUUUAGCCUUGGAAUCAAGAGUGUGACUAUUGAGGGUGGAUAGUUUCUGUCUCAUCAUGUUUAAUCUAGCAGGUCUUCUUCUGAUUGGUAUCAACCUGCGUGUAAUAUUUUCUUUCACCCCUUCUGUUUUGUUUUUAAUCUAGUAUGCAAUGCUGUAAGCUCAUUAUUUAUAUAGACAUUGAUAAAUUUUAGCUUGGAA